AUGGCUGAUCCCCAUCAAUCGGAGAUCCAAAUCUCCAACCUCCCGACCAAAUCGGUCAUACUCACCCCCCAGAGGGCAACAAUCACCCGUGAGAUCCAUACUACUAUUCAUCCAGGCCAAAAUGUAAUCACAAUCCAAGGGCUAGAUCCUAACGUGGACCUGGACUCUGUCCAAAUCGACGGCUCCGGCCCUGCUAUCAUAACAGACAUGCAAACAGAUGUCGUACCCCGACGCGAGAAAUUCAAUGACGUCUAUCCUGACCUCACAGUCGAUGAGGAAAGUGAUAUCGAUCAGGACAUGACGACCGACGAAGAAGGUAUCAAUAUCGAUGACUCUGAGCUCCAGGCUAUCCUGAAAGAAGAGCAGACCCUAAACACCUCUAUUGCCAAGGCACAGGAUGAUAAAUCUGCGUCGCUGUUUGUGUUGCAGUUUCUUGUGGGCUAUGGGAAGAGUAUUGACUCGACUAAUUCUGAUCCAGCUAAGCUGAAUGAUUUCCUGCAAAUGUAUCUUCAGCAGAGGAAGACGGAAGGGGAUCGCGCGAGGGAUACGGAGGUUAAGAUUGUUGAUAGUGAGAAAGUGCUUGAGCGAGUUAAGCGGAAGAGGGAGCGGUUGGAAUCAGCCCAUACUAAGGCCAAGGAGGCUGCAUUGAAGGACGCUCGGCGAGCUCGCGAGAAGCGCGUGAGGGAGCGACGGGAGCGAAGAGCUCAGCAAAAGCGAGAUAUCAACGAGAAACGGCAAUUCUGGAAAGAUCGCGUCGGUCAAGUCGAGGUCUACCUGGAUGGGCAUGUGUCGGCCACUCCGGAGUCCAGUCGCCGGAGCUCGGUAACUGAGAAUGCUACAUAUGGUGGCCAGCCGAUUGAAGUGACCAUGAACCUGACGUAUAUCGUUCCUGGCCCGAGCUGGGCGCCUCGGUACAACUUGAAGAUCAAUACACCGGCUUCCACCGCAUCGUUGAUCUACAACGCGGACUUUCAGAAUAACUGCUCGGAGACUUGGAAAGACGCUAAGAUCACUCUUUCAACCUCUCAUGCAGCCUUCUCGGGUCUGGAUGAGCCAAUUCCCAUUCUCCAGCCCUGGCAUGUCACAACCUGCUCGAUUUCAGAUCCUCAAUCAAUCUCUUGGCAGGAUGUCUUACGAAGCCCAGCUGAGAUAAACCCCAAUGCUAUGGCGACCAACAUGAGUUCGUAUCCCGCGACCGUUGAUGUCCAAGCACGCGCUCGCGCGCAGAUGAUAGCGAACGCAAGGAGUCUACAAGAAUCCGGCGCAGUACAGAACGCGCAGCAACUGCAACAACAAGCUCUAGCCCAACAGGCUAUGGCACAACAAGCCCCAAUAGCCCGGGGGGUUGUGGCACGCAGAGAACCGCGAACCACACCGCGUGAUUCCCGCCAUUCAUGGGUCCCCUCAGCGCGUAGAGCACUGGGAUGGGGUGUUAGUGAGGGUAAUGAGGAUAAUGAGGAAGCCGAUGACAGUGGCAGCGACGCUGAAACUAAUGCGUCACCCAGCCUGGAGCGACAGGAUUCGGUUCCACAGAACUACGGUCUGACCACAACCUAUGAACUUUCUGGUCUCCGCACACUUGCUCCCUCCACCAGCCAUCGGCGCCAUCUUAUUGCUCAGUCGACCCUGCAGUCUCUGACACUAACGCAUGUGAUUGUUCCCAAGAUACGUGCCGCUGCGUUCCUACGUGCCAGAGUUAAGAAUACCUCGUCAGUCAAUAUCCUGCGCGGGAAGACUGGCAUAUCCGUUGACGGAACCUUCUUGGGGUCGUCUACGCUGCCGAAUUGUGCACCGAAUGAUUUCUUCAAUAUUUCCCUCGGGGUUGACCCAAAUGUUCUGGUGACUUAUGCCAAGCCGACUGUUCGCAAGCUUGCUUCUGGGUAUAUCAGCAAGGAAAAAGCUGCAGUAUUUCGUCGAAGUUGCUGGGUAAAGAAUACGAAGAGUACAGCAAUUGAUAUGAUUGUUUCGGAUCAGAUUCCGCUCAAGGACAAUGAACAGAUGCGCAUCCAGGUACUAGAGCCGAAGGGCUUGGAGAAGGAAGGCAGUGAGGUGGAUAUGCCGCUGGAAAGGGAUAGGGGCAGAGGGAAGGCAGUGAUGAUGAGAAAUGGUGAAGUCAAGUGGUUUAUUAGAUUGGCGCCUGGCAAGGAUGUACGGAUGGCGUUAGAAUAUCACGCAAGGUGCCUGAUGGAAGUGCGGUGA